GCUCGCAGCCGCAGCUGCCUCUGCUCACAGAACUGAGUGCUGGGAGGGAGUCGCAGGGAGGCGCCGCCGCCCGGUUCAGCCAUCCCAACUCACCCAGGAGUGUCAGGACCAGUUCUCAUUCUCUCCCCGCGCUCUCUGCGCCGUGCCAGAGGGGCUGGCCACUCCGUACUCCCGGGACAGCAGGACUGGUGGAAUAGGGGGUCUGGGCUAGAACAGGGGCUCUGCCCUUUAUGGUGACUUUCUAAAAGGUUGACUACGGGUGUCGCUGGACGGAACAGCGCCUGCGGCGGGACGCGGGGAGCACGUUGUGGUCGCUGGGCCGUUUACUUCGGUUUCCUCCGGUGAUCGGGAUUGGUUUCAGCGGCCCCCUCCCCCGCUCCCGCCUUCCUCCCCUCCCCGCCUUUAGCGGAGCCACACCAGCGACACCUGCUCGCUUCUGUUGGAGGUUGGAACUCGCACCUUCUCUGCGGUGCUGGUGGCAGCGGGGCAGCGGCGGGUUUCCCUCCCUCCCCGCCCACCAUGCCCAGAGGGGUCACGGGCGAGCUGCGUGGGGCUCUGCCGGCAGUGCUCGGAGGCUCCAGCGACUGGCUGAGACUGGCCGGGAGCUGCUGCUAAGUGGACUCCAGCGGACCGCGCAAAGUCUCCGGGAGGGCACCCGCGGGGACCCAGCUGCGAGCUGCAGUGACAGGGGCACUGGGACAGUGGCUGCAUCCGGAGCCUCCCCGGCCACUUCUCCGCGUCUGCGCCCCGGGACUCGUGCGGAAACAAAAAGCAGGUGGCGGCGACUGCUUUCCCGAAGGUGAACCACACCAACCAAUUGCCUUUCCCCAGAGAGCGCGAGGGGCGGGCGGGAGACAGAGACCGGAGCAGGUGUGAGUGAGUGUGCGUGUGCGUGCGAGCCGCAGAGUCCUCGGCGCGAGGAGCAAACCCACCCGCGAUGGAACGGGAGCGGUAAUUGCUGCGAGACCGCGUGAAGCCUCGCAGUCAGGGAGCUGAGCGGGCUGCGCGCAUCCGGCCAGGACCGCGGGCGCCUGCCGCGCUGCCCGGGGCUGCGGGACUUUGGUUUGUCCUCGGCGAACACAGCUUCUGAUUACUUGGACACGGCGGAAUAAAGAGGGAGGGAGUGGAGCCCAGCUUCACGCACUCCACCUUCCAAUCGCGUAAGGGGGAUUCUAGUUUGGAUGUCAAGAGAUUGCUGAACCCUCUGUGCCAUCGGAGGAGGAAACGCACCCUCGCGCGCGCGCGCACACACACACACACACGCACGCCCGGGGCCACACUCACACGCCCUCCGCGAGCGCACACCGCUGGACCCGGGUUCCCUAUGCCCCUGGAUGCUGACGGCGGAUUGGCAUCUCGGAAGCGAUGCAAGCGCGGUGAGGCUGGCGCCGGUCCGCGGACGCUGCAGGAACAUCGCUAGGUGUUGCCGCCUCCGGGAAGCCGGGCUGCAGGAUGAGUAAGAGAUACUUACAGAAAGCAACAAAAGGAAAACUGCUAAUUAUAAUAUUUAUUGUAACCUUGUGGGGGAAAGUAGUAUCCAGUGCAAACCAUCAUAAAGCUCAUCAUGUUAAAACGGGAACUUGUGAGGUGGUGGCACUCCACAGAUGCUGUAAUAAGAACAAGAUAGAAGAACGGUCACAAACUGUCAAAUGCUCCUGCUUCCCGGGGCAGGUGGCCGGCACCACGCGAGCUGCUCCAUCUUGUGUGGAUGCUUCAAUAGUAGAGCAGAAAUGGUGGUGCCAUAUGCAGCCAUGUCUAGAGGGAGAAGAAUGUAAAGUUCUUCCUGAUCGGAAAGGAUGGAGCUGUUCCUCUGGGAAUAAAGUGAAAACUACUAGAGUAACCCAUUAGCCAAGGGUUAAAUCAAGUGAUCCUCAAGGCUGAUGACAUUGAACAUAUACAUUGAAACUUAACUCCUGAGGUGAUCUUGAAGGAAAAUUUUUAUACUUCUCAGAAGAGGCGCUCCAGAGCCUGUUACUUCCGCAGGAUUUCAUGUCUCGUGAUCAGCCUGUGCUUGAAAUCAAGACUUUAUAAAAGCCUGACAUGAACUUCUCUGUCGUGAAGAUGUCAUCACAUUUGAACUGUGUUCCAUUUGGAAACUUGCUGAAGGAGUUUGAAGCUGCCAUCAGCAGAGCUGGGCAAGAGUUGGUGUUUUCAGGGUGACGUCAGAGACAGCAGCUACCUGUGGGAUUCUUGUCUGCAGCUGUGACUCCUUUCCUCAUUUCUGAAAGCGAUCUCCAAGUGCACUGUCCCUCUGUCAUGGAUGUGUCCCUGGGUCCUCUGUUCUUUGGCUGGUGGGGCUGACCUUCACUUCACUGGCAUUUCCUUUGCUAACUUCUCUGGCAUGGUGUAGACUGAGACUGUUUAAUUUGUAUCCUAAUCUUGGAGCUCUGAAAGCCUACAUGUUUUAACAUCUUAAAGUUGCUUUUCUUAAAGGAAUGGAAAUAUAUAUCCAUUGGUAAUAAUUAUUGUUGGAAAGUAAUAGUUAUCCGAAUACAUCAAUCAUAUAAGAAUGUAUAGACAAGUUGACAUGUUUCCCCAUGGCUAACACCUGACCACAGCUUUCUGUCAGUUAAUAGGUAGUAGUUAGAAUGGGAUUACCAUCGCCAUUACACAAUACUUUGUACCUCUAGAGCACUCUCCCUUUCUGUUUUGUUUCUUUUUUAAAGUGGACUUUUUCUUUCAUUUUUUAUGAUUCCCCUUUUUCUUUCACAGAAAUCAGCAGUGAGCAGUCACGUUAUUCAGUAGCCUUCAGUUUCAAAAAAUUGCCAGGGAUGCAUGUGGAGUUUCUGAUUUCGUAGCCUGAAAACUACUCACUGAGAUUUCUAAUAUUUUUUUAAACUUUCCUUUCUCUCUGUCUCAUUUUUAAAAUACUGUAUAUUGCUCGAUCCCAAUGACCGUUUGAAUGCUUCAAUAUUUGUUUAUUCAGUCCGUUGGUAGAAUAAAUUGUUCAUUUUCCUUGGUCUAAAAUUUAUAAAUAUUGACUUAGAGUUGUUCCAUUCAAAGAAUUUCUUAGGCCAGUACUUUGUAAACAUUUUCGUAGUCAUUUUGACAUUUGUGAUUUUUGGUUCUACAGGAAAAUCCUAUAUAUAUUUAAAGGCCUUAAACAUGUAUGUACUUUUUUUCCUAAGUUGUUACAGAAUGUAUAAUUUUAUACUACAUUUAUUUUCUUUCAUUUGUGAUGUGAAGGGAGGGAAAAUGGAAACUGCAUAGCUUUUCUGUAAUAACAUUGUAUAGACAUGCAGAUAGUUUGAAGAGGAGGGGUUUCUGUGUUUUGCUUAUUUUAGAUUAAUCAGAAGAUGCUUCAGAAAUUGCCCUUUUAGAAGCUUCAUGAUGUUAAGAGCAGGUUUGGAAAUAUUUUGUAUUUAAAAAUUCCCUGACAUGGCCAAAUAGGCCUAAAUUGUUUUCCAUGAUGGAGAACACAUAUGUUAGAUAGAGCAUUGGUCCGUUUAUAACAAUUUUCAAAGACUAAUAAAAUACAUCACUGAUUCUUUUCUGUGAAGAGCAACUAAAAGGGUAAAAUUUUUUAAAAAUUAAAUUUGGAAAGUAUCCUUUUGACGUUAGACUGAAGUCGUCUGCCCACAAGUAAAUGCAAUGAAAUGACUUCCUGUCUUUAUUUUAAUUAUGCAUAAAACUAAUAGAUGGUUCUGAGUAGAAUUUGCAAUGGCUUAAGAGUAUCUGAAAUCAUAAAGAAAGGCAUAACACUUGUGCUGGGGUUUCUGCAUCAAUUAGAAUAUUAUUAAUUUAUUUGAAACAAGGUGGAAAAGUAUAUUACUUUGGAAAUUAUGAAUUUGUCCUAGGUUUCUUUGAAAUUAUAGAUCAUGCUUCUCAUUUUUAAAAUUAUGUCCUUUAAAGCAACACUGGAAAUUCUGUAUUAUAUACAAGUGUAAUACAUGCAUAUCGAUAGAAAAAAUAAAUGGAAUUUCAAGUAUACUAACUAGAUUAUCCCUCAGUAGGUUAAUGUUGUGACUAUUCAGAAAAGGUGAAUAAAAUUGGGAUAUAAAAUGGACUCUCUUUCAUAAGUUACAUUUUGAGAAUUUGCUUUCUUGUGGUUUAUUUUAAAAUAGCAUCAUUUAUUAUCCAGGAAAACUUUUGAAUUCGUAAGGAAGCUGACACAAAUCCUUCAAUCUUUUAAUAAAGAUCCAUGGCAAACCUUACCAUUUA